AUGGCCGACGACCUGGAGCAGAACCUGCAGUUCGCCAGCGAAGAGAACAAGCAGCUAGACGCGGAGGUUCGGCGGAAAGAGGCCGAGCUGCUGCGCAUCGAGGAGACUUGGAACAGGCUAGAGGGAGAUGGCGGGCGGGUGAAAGUCAUGACCGACCACCUGGUUAACGUGCAGCAGGAGCUGGUGAACACGCAGCAGCUGGUGGACGCCAAGAAGAACGAGGCGGAGACCGAGGAGCAUCUGAAGGCCCUGAAGAGCAGGGAGCUAGGCCGUCUGAAGGCCGAGGCUGUGCGCCUGCAGAAGAUGCUCGACGACGUCCAGGAUCAGGUGAACAGCUACUCCACGGAGCUGAUGCGGGGCAACGAGAAGCUCGACCAGUUCAAGCUGGAGAUGAACUGGAACCAGGAGGAGCUCGAGCAGUGGGCCAUCGCUGCUCGGCAGAAGGAGGAGGACGAGCUCACCCUGGAGAAGUACCGCCGCUCUGACGAGGCCAAGGUCAAGGACCUGACCCUCGCGAUCGAGAAGCUGACGGUGGAGAGCUCGAGCAGGAAAAAGGAGCUGGCGGACCAGGUGACGGAGACGCAGGCGAAGCAGAUAGAGAUGGAGAAGACGGCCGAGCUGUUCCGUCAGCUCCACGAGGAUCGCCGCAGGAUCAUCGCACAGUGGGAGGAUGCCGUCAAGAGCAUGCAGAGCCGCGACAACCAGCUCGAGCAGAAGGGGGAGGAGUACGCCGCGGCCAUGGCCCGCAAGAAGGCCAAGGAGGACAGGAUGAAGGAGAAGAAGGCCAUCUGCGCCAACCUGGAGGCCGAGAACGAGAGGCUGGAGCAGGCGAUCCAGCACACGGACAGGCAGCUCACCAAGAUGCGCGGCGACCAGAUGGAGACCAAGAACGCCCUCACGAACUUCAGGGACGAGGUGGAAGUCAUGAAAAACCAGCACAGGGCCGUCGAGCAGGAGAAGCAUCAGACCAAGAAUCAGCACGCGGUAAUGACGAAGCAAGUCGAGAUGAAGUCGAUGAAGUUCGAAAUGGCGGUGAAGCAGCAGCAGGCUCAUGCCACUGGCCUGCAGGAGGCCCACAAGGUCCGCGAGAACAAGCAGGAGCUCGCCAAGCAGGCGGAGGAGCUGCAGCAGCAGAUGAUGAGCAGCCUGAAGGCCGUGGAGAAGGAGGUGAAGUCCGCGAAGGAGAACCUCUACAAGGAGAGCCAGGCCCUGUACAAGCUGCGCGCGGACGAGGCGACCACGCUCGGCGAGAUCAGCGGGGCCCAGUCGGCGAUCAAGAACCUGCAGUUCCAGAUCAGCAGGCUGGACACGGAGAGGCAGCGGCAGCAGGAGCUGCUGUACCAGGUCGACUUCCAGUCGCAGCUGAUGCAGCGGAAGGUGGCCCGCGUGUCUGGAGAGCGCACCGUCGAAGAGAGGGACGACUACAACAAGAAGGUGGAACAGCUGGAGAAGCAGACGGAGGACCAGAAGAACCUGCACGCCAUCCUGUCCGCCCAGAUCAAGCGUCAGGACGCGGCGCUCAAGAACGCCAACCGGUCUCUGGCCACCAUCAAGAAGGAGAACGAUGACAUGAAGGAGACCAUGGAAGAAUUGGAGCUGUCCAACACCAUCCUUGCACGCACGGUGGGUAACGCAGUGAAGGACAAGGAAGAGGCGCUGAUGCAGCACGACAUCCUCAAGCUGGAGGUGAAGCGCCUGAGACAGAACCUCACGUCCAAGAGCGAGGACCUCUACAGCCUGGAGAACAGGAAGCAGCAGCUGCGGAUCAGCAUGGAGGAGCGCGAGAAGGAGAUCGAGGUCCACACCGAGGUGCUGGAGGCGCAGCGCAGGGGCGCCGAGGAGGAGAGGCACAAGGCCGCGAUCGAGCUGGCGGAGCGGAAGCAGAAGAUCUUCAACCUGAAGAACAAGUACGAGAACCUGAUGUGCAGGGUCAAGAAGGAGGAUCUUUGA